GCUCGAAUGGCGGUCCAGAGUCCAGCGGGAAACGCUAAGUCGAGCAAUGACGAGGCUCAACAUGUCAGCCCCAACCCCUUGACAAAUCAGAAUGGAAACGCCGCGUCGAGUUUGACCCGCGAACAGAUCAUCUGUGCUCUGCAGGCAUCGGAGGCGGCUGGUGACGGAUAUCUGAUCUAUUCACUCUCUGAGGGCUCAACAUCAGACGGGGACAAGCCAUUUAGCCUCGAGGUUGCCCAACAGAAACACCUGCCAAAGGAUUUCACCGAGUUCUUGGUGGACCGAGUCAAUUUCCCGCCACCACACUUGGGGCUGCCGCACAAUGUGCACGUCGUGAUAUCGACCCGCUCAGGGCUCCGGCUGGCGCCGGAUUUCUACCAGACUGUGUUACGCCCGCUGUUGGCUGCUGUCGGACUAAAGCCGGCAGAAUCUGGAGCUGAAGGAUACCAGGUCACCGUGACCAAGAACCCAAACACCAUUCGGGAUUUUGCCCGCGAGUUGGGGAGAGAUAGAGACGCUGGGGACAAGACAGUCAUCCUCCUGAGUGGUGACGGCGGCGUGGUAGAUAUUCUAAAUGGGCUAGACCACUCCACACCCCCAUCAAGCGUGCCAUUGGCGCCCACGAUCGCCCUACUUCCUCUCGGAACAGGAAACGCACUCUUCCACUCCCUCCACAAGCCUCACUACUCCGGCACCCCUUCCCAUCCCUCACCCCUCGUCCUGGGCCUCCGCACCCUGCUCAACGGUACCCCUGCCCAGCUCCCGACCUUCAGAGCUUCCUUCUCACCCGGCGCGAGGCUGAUCUCCGCUCCGCUCGAGCCGGAACAAGUUGAUGCGACGGCAACAACCAAGGACCACGAAAGGGAAACACCCGUUACACACUUGCUCGGCGCCAUCGUCGCGUCUUACGGCUUUCAUGCCAGCCUGGUCUGGGAGAGCGACACCCCAUCCUACCGUGUGCACGGCGACAAGCGGUUUGGCAUGGCGGCCGCCGAGUUGCUCAAGGUGUCGCAUGCGUAUGACGCCACGGUGGACGUCCGGCGGAGUGGUGAGGGGGCGUUUACUCGUCUUAGGGCGGCCCGUACUGCCCACGACAAUGAUGCAGGCGGAGAAGGAGGCGGGAGGUUUAACUAUGUCCUUACGACGCUCGUGUCCAACUUGGAGAAGACGUUUGCCAUCUCUCCUGCCGGCCGGCCGUUGGAUGGGCAGUUGAGGCUGGUCCACUUUGGGGAUGUGGGCGGCGACAAAACGAUGGAGAUCAUGAUGGCUGCGUAUCGGGAAGGGGAGCAUGUGGGUAUGCCAGAGGUCGGGUAUGAGAAGGUGGAAGAGGUGAGGGUGACGAUCGCGGAGGAGGAUGCGAGGUGGCGGAAGGUCUGUAUUGAUGGGAGCAUUGUCGAGAUGGGGAAAGGCGGGUGGAUGCGGGUAAGCAGAGAGGAAAGGGAGCGAUUGAAGAUCUUGAUUUGA